ACAUCGUCACUCACUCAAAGAAUCACAGCGACAUAGUGAACAUCACAAACAUCUCUCAUCUCUCUGAUUCACACACACACACACACGCUCAUCAUACCAUAAUUGACGAUAAGUACGAGUGGAUAAUUAACCUUGUGUCUUUUGGUUACUUAUUCGAGUCAAGUGUCAGUGUCAAGUUUAUUUACUACGAGAGGCUCACACACACUACGACCAGAUAGCCACGGACGGAUAGUAUUCAGUACCUACUGAAAAAAGCUAAACAAAAAGAGACUCCACAUUUCUAACCAAUUUUCCAACUGCAACCAAGAUGAACAAACGAACAAGCUUGAUGGCCUGCCUGGUCCUCUUCACACUGUUGAUACAAUUGGACCUGAGCUUUGGAAGACCCUCCAGGGUCAGCCGACGAAAUAAGGGACGUGAGGGCAAGGUGAAACGCACAUGGUCCGAAUCCACCGACCCAGUCGUCCUCACCAGCCAAGAUAAUGGAGCAACCAAUGCAGAGCUAAUUUUCCCUUCGAUUUUGGAGAAAGAAGCCAUCGUGGAUUUGAACGACGCAGACAAGGAUUCCGAGAAAGCGCCUCCCAACAAGUGGCUGGAACUGGAAAGAACGCUUCCUGCCGUGGUGAACACCCAUGUAAAUGCAGAUCUGACCCUUGAGUGCGUUGCUGUGGGAUCACCUCCACCUCGCGUAUACUGGCUCAAGGACGACAAACACAUGACACCUUUCGACGUGGACCAGUUGGCCAAUCAUGUUUUCGGAUGGAAUGAAAUCGUCCAACGGGACGGGGCGAGCCGUGACUUUUCCAUGGCUAAUGUCAAGGCCAAACUGCCCUUGAAAUGCCUUCGCCCAAUCGACCAGGGAGAGUACACGUGCGUUGCGGAGAAUGACGGGAGACAACUUAUGGCCACCACGGUGGUAACAAUUGAUGACACCAUCACUCCCGAGAUGAGAUCCGCAUGCAUGCUGCAGUACACGAAGAAAGGGAAAAAGAUCCAGCCAGCGUUCAUCAUGACUUACGAAUACCUUCACAUGGAAACUAUUGGGAAUGAUGCCAUCCUGACAUGCCAUGCCAUUGGAAGACCUCGUCCUGCCGUUACUUGGUUGGACUUUGAAGGAAAAAUUAUUCCCAACGGGAAAAAGUUUAAGGUCACUGAUGCUGGAAACUUGGUAAUCAAAAACUUGAGCUGGAGAGAAAUGGGAGAAUACACUUGUCGUGCUGAGAAUGCAUUUGGGAGCGACUCUGCCUCCACAUUCUUAUACCCUCUCCUCAGCGACUCCAACAGUUAAGCAUUGGAGAAAAUUGGUGCCUCACCAGAUUGGAUCAGAAAGUAAUGUGUAGUAGCGGCUACUGUUCUCUUUACCUCUCUAUUACUAGUAUUUACUGAUUACGAGUGUACACUUAUAUGGAAUGUAAUCUCAUUAUGGUUAAGUCCACUUGGUGGACCAAUCAAAAAUCAUCCCAUUCUAAGCUUCGACUAAUUAUUAUUAAUUAUUAUGAUUAUAGUUUAUUUCGUUUUAAGAGUGCAUACAAUUUUAACCGUAGACAGACCAACCGUAGUCAUUAUUAAGGGAAAAAAAAUGUAAAAAAAGAACUAAAAAUGUCAUUUUGAAAAUGUGUAUCCGUUAAUUAACCAGGUAAAAUUAGGUGAAGCCCUCUGAGACAAUAUGUAUGUAGAAAUGAGAUGAUAUGUACAUAUGACAAACUUAAAAUCGCCAGAGGUAGCCGAUAGUUUCCUAGUAUUAAAGUGAGAAUUUGCAACUAAAGUUUGCAAAUUUCUUAUAUUGGAAUAAGUUGUAAACUGUGUCACUUUUCGUGGUCGUGAAUCUUGUUUUGCGUCUUGAAAGUAGGCGUAGUAAGUAAUCAACUUCAUUAAAAACUAAAAUAGUUUGCCUUUUGACUUUAUUCUUAGAUUUAUGUGUGUACGAAUUUACGGUUGUGGGAUUUUAAUUUGGGUCGUGUAUCACUUUUACUAAUUUAAGAAAAUCACAUCGUCACAACCCUCACCUUUGGAAUUUUUAAAAAACGCUUCAGAAGAACCACUGUUGUUGUUCCACGAUGUAUUCUAUAAUGUUCAAAUAUUACUUGAUAAGUUAUUUAUGCUUACAUUAAUUGAUUUUUGGUUCAAAACCUUUGUGUGACACUGGAACAUCAGGUGUGUCGUUUUUCUUUGCCAUAAUUUCUAUGUAGUUACUUUUGGUAAUUUCAACUCUUCAGUAUUAUAGUCUUUAAUAAUUUAGUCUUGGUAUACUUUUGGGCUGUUUUUUUCACAAACUGUCUAUUUUUAUAUGUUGUUGUAGUUACCUAAAGUUAUACAAAUACCUUACAGCUAAGGACUUACUUAAUUAUUAUAUCUUUACAUUCCAUUACUAUAAAUAUUGUGUACUUAAAUGGUAGAAGGUUACCGUAUAUAGAAGAAACAACAACAAAAUUAUAUGGUAGUUCUCUAUCUAUCAUUUUUAGAUUUAGUUUUAAACAUUUAACAAAUCCUGAUGUCAAAUUAUUAAAAAACAUAUUUUAUUGUUUAUCUUAUAACACUGUAACUUGAUUUUUUUUAUUUUUAUCGUUUAAAAAUUUCAACACUUUCUGUCACUUCUGCAUUCAUAAAUAUAACCAUGCGUAUAUACAAAA